AUGCAUUCUUCGACCUUCAUCAACUUUUUUUUAUUUUUCGGUUCUUACUUUUUUUAUUCUUUCUUUUUGUCUCGUCAUGAGAAUCGCAUGACUGGGUGUCGAGGCACAGCCUCGUACCAAUCGCGAGAACGGGGCAGAUUCCACCACUCACAUUGUUCUUUCCUGGACAUUUUUUCUUAUUUCUCACACUAUCUCUCUCUCCCAAUCCUCCUCCUCUUCCUUCUCCUCUCUAGCCACCACUCACAUUGUUCUUUCCUUACAUUUUUUUCUUAUUUCUCACACUAUCUCUCACUCUCUCCCAAUCUCCUCCUCUUCCUUCUCCUCCUCUCUAGCCACCACUCACAUUGUUCUUUCCUUACAUUUUUUCUUAUUUCUCACACUAUCUCUCACUCUCUCCCAAUCUCCUCCUCUUCCUUCUCCUCCUCUCUAGCCUUUACUCUAUGUGUUCUGUCUUUUCAUUUUUCUUAUUUCUCACACACUCUCUCCCCCAAUCACUUCCUCCUCUUCUCCAGUCCUUACUCUCAAUGUUCUUUCUUUACCUUUUUCUCGCUUCUCACACACACUCUAUCUCCCAAUCUCUUCCCCCUACUCCUCUCCAGCCCUUACUCUCAGUGUUCUUUCUUUUCCUUUUUCUUGUUUCUCGCUCACACUCUCUCUCCCAGUCUAUUCCUCCUCCUCUCUAGCCUUUACUCUCAGUGUUUCCUUUUCUUCCUAUUUCUUACACUCUCUCCCCAAUCUGCUCCUUCUCUGCAACCUUUAUUAUCAGUGUUCUUUCAUUUCACGAAUUUCUCCCUCUCUUUUGCAGGUCAUAUUUUUCUUCUUCCCUCCUACUCUUUCUUUAAUCAUUCCCGCUUACUUUUUUUUCUUUUUUUCCCUCCGACUUCUUACUUAGCCUUUCCAUUGUUGUUCUCGCUACCUCUCUCUCUCUCUCUCUCUCUCUCUCUCCUCGCGUCUUCUCCAUCUUUUAUUCUCCAUAUCCUUCUCCUUCAUUCUUUACAUUACCUUUCUCUUUCUUUCACUUUUAUAUCGCAUCUCACUUUCGCUUUCUGUAUGUGUGUCACCACCAUUACCACCCUUCGUGAUAGUCGUUUUCUAUUAGUACAAGACAGCCGCCCUCCUAGACAAUACUUCUUCAUCGGGAGGUGGGCUAGAGUAAUUACCUUACGCCCGAGGCGUCGCCACAAGCGGAAAUACCGAGGAGGUUAG